AACAUGGGGAUGUUCAUCGGAGAUAAAGUUGGCAAUAGAAUGUUCGAAUAAUAGUUCGAAUAUAAUGUUAUUGAUGUAAGAAAAUAAAUUGUCUUUACUGGCCACUUGUUAUAUAAAAGUGAACGGUUUAAAAGUCGUUUAAAGACAUAAGUAAAUCGAUGCGUGCUCUGAAAGUAUUUUAAAACCGAAUAUUUCCAAGUAGUUGAAGAUGUCAGACAAAGUUAAAGUGGCUGUUCGAGUUCGCCCUUUCAAUACUCGAGAAAUUGAUUUGGGCACUAAAAUUAUCAUCGAAAUGGACGAUACGCAAACGUGGCUAAGACAUCCUACAGCAAAAGACAAGAAAGAAAAUACAAAGACAUUCACAUAUGACCACUGUUUUUGGUCAAUGGAUGAGAAAGAUCCAAAAUUUGCUAGUCAAGAAAAAGUCUAUAAGUGUUUAGGAACAGAUGUGUUAUCCAAUGCUUUCAAUGGAUAUAAUGCUUGCUUGUUUGCUUAUGGUCAAACUGGCUCUGGCAAGUCAUACACAAUGAUGGGAUCUUCAACACAGACAGGAAUUAUCCCUCGUCUCUGUGACGAUCUUUUUGAGAGAAUAUCUAAUAACAAGGAUGAUAACUUUUCCUUCAAAGUGGAAGUCUCAUACAUAGAAAUUUAUAAUGAGAAAGUCAGAGAUUUACUUAAUCCUCGAGGAGGAAAACAAACUCUGAAAGUUAGAGAACAUAAAGUUACAGGACCUUAUGUUGAUGGUCUUACCAAGCUUGUUGUGUCAUCGUUUCAGGACAUUGAUUCAUUGAUGGUAGAAGGAAAUAAAUCUCGGACUGUUGCAGCAACAAACAUGAAUUCAGAGAGUAGUCGUUCACAUGCCGUGUUUAACAUUGUCCUUACUCAGGCUGAAUUUGAUCAAGAAACUCAGACAACAGGAGAGAAGGCAAGCAAACUAAGUCUAGUUGAUUUAGCUGGUAGUGAGAGGGCAAGUAAAACUGGAACUACUGGUGACCGACUACGAGAAGGAAGUAACAUCAACAAGUCUCUUCAUACUUUAGGCUUAGUCAUAUCUGCCCUAGCUGAUCAGUCCUUGGGAAAAGCAAAGAAGUCGCUAUUCGUCCCUUACAGAGAUUCAGUAUUGACAUGGUUGCUUAAGGAUAACCUUGGUGGUAACAGUAAAACUGUAAUGGUGGCCACCAUCAGUCCAGCGGCGGAUAACUAUGAAGAGACAAUGUCAACACUACGAUAUGCUGACAGAGCAAAGAGAAUCGUGAAUCACGCUAUUGUAAAUGAAGAUCCAAAUGCUAAGAUUAUCCGUGAGCUUCGUGAGGAAGUGGAACGUUUGAAACAAAUCCUUAAAAUAAAAGGAUUUUCUGAUUCGAAGGAUGAGAUUAAAGAAAAGUUGACUGAGAGCGAACAUCUCAUGGAGGAAUUUACCAUGUCCUGGGAACAAAAACAAAAAAAUACCGAGAUCAUUAAACAGGAACGUCAUAAAGCCUUGGAGGAAAUGGGGAUAUCCAUUCAAUCUUCUGGUAUUGCUGUUGAAAAGAACAAGUUUUAUCUUGUGAAUUUGAACGCCGAUCCUUCUCUUAACGAACUCCUUGUCUACUAUUUGAAGGAGCGGACUGUGGUCGGAAGACAUGACGCUGCUAAUCAUACUGAUAUUCAGCUGCAAGGUCUUGGUAUUUUACCAGAACAUUGCACACUUGAAAUUGUUUCAAACGAAGUAUAUAUCACGCCGUUUGAGAAUGCGAGGACUUAUCGUAAUGGGGUUGUGAUCACCGAGAAAACUCUACUACAUCAUGGUGACCGGGUAUUGUGGGGGAAUAAUCACCUUUUCCGCAUUAAUUGUCCCCGUCCUCCUGGAUCUGUGGUUGAACCUGAACAGCUGGUAGAUUAUGAGUUUGCGCAAAGAGAGAUUUGUAUAAAUGAUAAGACGUCAGACAUAAGUGAUAACGCUUUAGCGCUUCUUGAGGAAAAACAUAAGAUUGACAAGGAAGAGGCUCUCGUGAAACAGAAACAAAUGUAUGAGGAAAAAAUUGAAAGAAUGCGUUUUGAAAUGAAUCCAGCAUUUCGCCCAGAAAGGACCGUCAGUCUCGGAUCUUUUGGAUCAUCGGGAAUAAGCUCCUCUCGGCUGUCUGUAAACGAUGACCUAGAUAAUAUGGAGCAGGAACGAUGUUUGGAAAAUCUAAAAGAAGAAGUUAUACAGGCCAACGCUUUAGUGAGAGAGGCGAACCAAUUGAGCGAAGAAAUGAAACGGGAUACGGUGUUUGCUGUUACUCUACAGAUUCCGACAUCUGGACUCAGUUUAAACAGAAGUCGUACUACUGCUGCUAGUGAGGUGGCCAUUGUUGUCAAAAGGAAAAAUAAAGGAACUCAAUUUUGGUCAUUAGAUAAGCUUUCUAACAAAAUUUAUGACAUGAGAGACGCUUAUAAUCAGAUUGAAGAAGGACAUACAAAGAUUGAUGUCGAAGAUGAUUUGUUCUUCGAAUUCGAAUGUCAUACAUUGAUUGGCGUUGCUAAUGUUUAUCUUGAGUGCAUCUUUCUCGAUGUCCCACUGGAUUAUGCCGCUCCGAUUAUUAGUCAACAAGGAGAGGUAUGUGGUCGGCUUAAAGUUGAAAUCACGCGUGCCUUGGAGGAUGAUGGUAAAGAAGCUGAUGCAGGGUCGACAAAUGACGAUGAAAACCAAGAACAAGAUGAAGCAUCGGGGGUAUCUAAUGAAGAUGAAGAGCUUUCAGUUGGUCAGACUGUUUCAGUGAAGGUGAAAAUCCUCGAAGCCUACGAUCUUCCUCUUGCCUUCUGUAACUACGUCUUUUGUCAGUACGAGUUCUGGAAUCAACCCAAUGUCGUGCAACUCUCAUCACCAGGCUCCAAAAAUAACUCGGUGGUCUUCUCUGAAGAACAGAUCUUUCAGGUCGAAACUUCUGAAGAUUUUCUUGAGUAUAUAUCAGAAGGCGCCCUCUCUAUUGAGAUUUGGGGCAACAGAAGUAAAGGAUAUAGUCAUACAUCAUGGAUGCCAACUAUUGAGCCAGUGAUAAGCAACUCUGAAGAAGGUUGGAAUGCCUUAAAACGUAAGGUGGAUCUCUGGACAGAAAUUCAUGAACUAAAUGAUCAAGGAGUAUUUGCUCCUGUAGAGAUCAGCAGUCGUAAUGAUAACUCCACUGGAGGUAUAUUCCAGUUACGUCACGGUCAAAGUCGCAGGAUCGUUGUUGGCGUACGACCAUUACCGAAGAGUGGUUCGCUCCCGGUCGUGAUUGAGGCGAUCUCGUCUGUUGAGGCAGGCAGUGUGUGUAAACGAGAAAAAAUGGACGAUUCAUUGGAUUCUUAUCAGGAGAAAGAUUUAUCUGUGUUACGUGAAAGGUUAGCAAAAUCAUUGAAAAAAAAGCAGGAAUAUUUAGAUGAACAACUGCAGUUAUUGAAUGAAAAGAAAGAGAAAACAGGCGAGGAUAAGGAUCGUGAAACAUGGUUAGUUGAUCAAUGGGUAAACUUAACUGAAGAAAAGAACUUUGUACUUCAUCCUGAAGCAGGAAGCAGUGUCCCUGGUUCACCAUCUAGCAGAAGGGAACAACCGGGGAUGGAGAGGCAAACUCCUGUUGUAUUCCUUGAUUUGAAUGCUGAGGGAAUCCAUAAUUUAUCGUUUGAUGAGAACAGCGUGGCUGGUUUGGAUUGUCGCCUGUCGUUCGAAGAGGACGAGAAAAUGAAACAGCUACCCGUUAUUAAAUACGAUCAAAAGAAUGUUUGUAUUACAGUUUCAUGGGACUCAUCCGUUCAUGAUUCACCUUACCUCAAUCGUACAACCCUGAAUUCGGAGAGAGUUUAUUUAAUUGUGAAGGCUCGUGUCCGCCUCAGUAGUCCUCUCACUAUGGAUGUUGUUCUUCGUAAGAGAAUCUCUGUCCGUAUUUACAAAAGGCAAAGUCUUAAAGACACUUUGAUGAAGAGGAUUUGGAAGGAUUCCAGAACUCGUUGCUGUGUCACAUACGAACUUGUUUCUCACAUACCAAGGCAACCGGGCGAGGAAACUGAGGAAAGGGGAAAUCUUGCGGAACAAGCCGCAGCAGCAGUUAGCAAAAAUGAUGAAGAACAUGAGAUUGUUUUAGAGAAGUAUCAUCGAGGAAUAUCACACGUUGAGGGUUUAUUAAAACUGGAUAAAUUACGCCAGGAAGUUGUAGUAAAAGAAAAACUGGCAGCCAGUGGAAAACCAUUAAGGAAAUUUUCCAGCACUCCAAAUCUACUGCAAGGGAGUUUUGAUCUUUCGUCCGUUGGUGGAAAAAACGAUUCAAUUGAUGUUGAUUACGGUUUGGACCGCACGAAGAGGUUCAGUAGUUCAGCCAAUUCGUCAUGUGACGGUUUCUUUCGAUGACUGGGAUAAACCCAUCGCUCAGGAUACCAGCCUUUUGAACACAAGCGCUGCUGAAGGCAAUGUUCCAACGAUAAUUCUCGAGACUGUUCACGAACAAAGCUCUCCUUCGUCACCGCAGCCUGUUACUGAAACCGCUUUUCCGUAUGAGGCCAAUGAAACAAGCGCUGGGCGCCUCCUGGAACGUGAAUCAAAGGCCAAUAACAAUUUUCACAAUAAAUUAAAUGAUACCAAUGUCAGAACAAAUUUUGUUGAAUUGCCCAUCAAUCUGGAAGAUCCAGAAAACUGUCAUGAAAAAGAUGAACGCUUCGCGUCAGUAAGCUAGAAAAAGAGUCAAGUACAAAACUUGUGCAUGAUGGGAGCUCUUUGUCAGGUUCUGUUGACUCUGGCCUACAUCAGAGUACAGAUAGACUAUUGGAUAGUCGUGAUACAGUUUCUCAACAUAUCUUGGAUAGUACUAGGGCAUCAAAGAUUACUAAAACAGAGAUUUACACUGUGGAGGACUUGAAAAUUGGUCAGAUGAUAUCAUUGGAUGAUUCUAAGAUAGGAUAUAUUCGUUACAUUGGUACAACAGACUUUGCUUCAGGGAAGUGGGUUGGAGUAGAAUUAGAUCUUCCUAUAGGUGACCAUGAUGGUAAUGUCAAUGGCAAACAAUAUUUUUCUUGUAAACCUAAACAUGGAACUUUUGUCCGCUUGGAUAAGUUUGACUUGCAAAAUAAGUCAUCAAAUUCCUUUACAAGCGAUAGUAAUGUCUCCAUGAAAUCAUCUAGAAUUUCCACCCUUCUAAAAGUAAUGGUAAUCAAAGGCAACGAGAAGAUGAACAACAUACAGAGAAUGUGAAUAAGAAGGAAAUUAAUAGGAGGUCAAAUAUUUUAUUUUAAAUAUACAGGCAAUGUUUUUAGACAUAAAUUUAAUUGAAUUGUAGCCAUAUCAUCAUUUCAUUUCAAAUAUCAUGCAGUCAAGAGGUAAAUUUCAUUACAUCAUGUUAUUCAUAUACUAGAUAGAUACUCAGUUUAAUACAAGGUUAUCCUCUACAAUAAAUUGAUGAGAUAUUC